AGCGGCAGUGGGCGGGGCCGAGCUCAUCCACCGGUGUCAUGGCUUCCUAACAGGACGGGAAGCGCCUGAGAGGAAAAUACUUCGUCAAAACAAAGAUUUUUUUGUUCAGAGCCCUGCAAAUUAGCGCCUUGAGUUUGGGACAGAGGGGCCCGGCCUCCCUGCUCGUGCCCCGGUUCCGGGAUCUGCCGUGUUUCGUGAGUGUGUGUUUGGGUUGGCGGACGGCGGAAGAUGGCCGACCCGGCUGAGUGCACCAUCAAAGUGAUGUGCCGCUUCAGGCCGCUGAACAGCUCCGAGGUGGUCCGAGGCGACAAAUACAUUCCCAAGUUUCAGGGCGAGGACACGGUUGUUAUCUCGGGUAAACCGUACAUGUUUGACAGAGUAUUUCAGUCAAAUACUACACAGGAACAGGUGUACAACGCCUGCGCCCAGAAGAUUGUCAAAGAUGUUUUGGAGGGAUACAAUGGAACCAUUUUUGCAUACGGACAAACAUCAUCUGGUAAAACACACACCAUGGAGGGGAACCUCCAUGACACAGACUGCAUGGGCAUCAUCCCCAGGAUCGUGCAAGACAUCUUUAACUACAUCUACUCCAUGGAUGAAAACUUGGAGUUUCAUAUCAAAGUUUCCUAUUUUGAAAUUUACUUAGACAAAAUCCGGGACCUUUUGGAUGUGUCAAAGACUAAUUUGUCAGUUCAUGAAGACAAGAACAGAGUGCCCUAUGUCAAGGGUUGCACUGAAAGAUUUGUCUGCAGCCCAGAGGAGGUCAUGGAUACAAUUGAUGAAGGCAAAUCUAACAGACAUGUGGCAGUUACCAACAUGAAUGAGCACAGCUCCAGGAGUCACAGUAUUUUCCUGAUUAAUGUCAAACAGGAAAACACUCAGACAGAGCAGAAACUCAGUGGAAAACUUUACCUGGUGGAUCUGGCUGGAAGUGAAAAAGUCAGUAAAACUGGUGCAGAGGGAGCUGUGCUGGAUGAAGCCAAGAACAUCAACAAGUCCCUGUCUUCCCUCGGGAACGUCAUCUCUGCUUUGGCAGAAGGAUCGGGCUACAUCCCCUACAGAGACAGCAAGAUGACCCGCAUCCUGCAGGACUCGCUAGGUGGAAACUGUCGAACCACCAUUGUCAUCUGCUGCUCGCCUUCCUCCUUUAAUGAAGCCGAAACCAAAUCCACCCUCAUGUUCGGACAAAGAGCAAAGACCAUCAAGAACACAGUGACUGUGAACAUCGAGCUGACAGCAGAGCAGUGGAAGCAUAAGUAUGAGAGGGAGAAGGAGAAGAAUAAGACCCUGAGGAACACCAUCACCUGGCUGGAGAACGAGCUCAACCGCUGGAGGAGUGGGGAGAGUGUCCCAGUGGAAGAGCAGUUUGAUAAGGAGAAGGCCAAUGCUGAGGUGUUAGCCCUGGACAACAUCCUCAACGACAAACCGGUGUCCACACCCAACGUGCACGGCGUUCGACUCACCGACGUAGAGAAGGACAAGUGUGAGGCCGAGCUGGCCAAACUCUACAAGCAGCUGGAUGAUAAGGAUGAUGAGAUCAACCAGCAGAGUCAGCUGGCUGAGAAGCUGAAGCAGCAGAUGCUGGACCAGGAGGAGCUUAUAGCUUCCUCUCGCCGUGAUCACGACAACCUCCAGGUGGAGCUGAACCGGCUUCAGGCAGAGAACGAGGCCUCCAAAGAGGAAGUUAAGGAGGUGCUGCAGGCUCUGGAGGAGCUGGCGGUCAACUAUGACCAGAAGAGCCAGGAGGUGGAAGAUAAGACCAAGGAGUUUGAGUCCAUCAGCGAGGAGCUGAGCCAGAAAUCGUCCAUCCUGUCGUCCCUGGACUCUGAGCUCCAGAAGCUAAAGGAGAUGUCCAACCACCAGAGGAAGAGAGUAACCGAGAUGAUGUCAUCGCUGCUCAAAGACCUGACUGAGAUUGGCAUCGCCGUCGGCAGCAAUGAUAUCAAACAGCAUGAUGGUGGCAGUGGGCUCAUUGACGAGGAGUUCACGGUGGCUCGUCUCUACAUCAGUAAGAUGAAGUCCGAGGUGAAGAGCAUGGUGAAACGCUGCAAGCAGCUAGAGAGCACGCAGUCAGAAAGCAACAAGAAGAUGGAUGAAAAUGAGAAGGAGCUGGCUGCCUGCCAGCUACGCAUCUCCCAGCACGAGGCAAAAAUCAAGUCACUGAGCGAGUAUCUGCAAAACGUGGAGCACAAGAAGAGGCAGCUGGAGGAGAACAUGGACUCUCUGAAUGAGGAGCUGGUCAAGCUGAGCGCUCAGGAGAAAGUCCAUGCUAUGGAGAAGGAGAACGAGAUCCAGACCGCCAAUGAAGUCAAAGAAGCGGUGGAGAAGCAGAUCCACUCUCACCGUGAGGCCCACCACAAGCAGAUCAGCAGCCUGAGAGAUGAGCUGGACAACAAGGAGAAACUCAUCACUGAGCUGCAAGAUCUGAACCAGAAGAUCAUGCUGGAGCAGGAACGGCUGAGACUUGAACAUGAGAAACUCAAAUCCACCGACCAGGAGAAGAGCCGCAAACUGCAUGAGCUCACGGUGAUGCAGGACAGGAGGGAGCAGGCCAGACAGGACCUGAAGGGGCUGGAGGAGACCGUGGCAAAGGAGCUACAGACCCUACACAACCUCAGAAGACUCUUUGUCCAAGAUCUGGCCACCAGAGUCAAAAAGAGCGCUGAGAUGGACUCUGACGACACGGGCGGCAGCGCCGCUCAGAAGCAAAAAAUUUCCUUUCUUGAGAACAAUCUUGAGCAACUCACCAAGGUUCAUAAACAGCUGGUGCGUGAUAAUGCAGAUCUGCGCUGUGAGCUUCCAAAACUGGAGAAGCGUCUUCGUGCUACGGCUGAGCGGGUCAAGGCCUUGGAGUCUGCACUGAAGGAGGCCAAGGAGAAUGCCGCUCGUGAUCGCAAGCGCUACCAGCAGGAGGUGGACCGCAUCAAGGAAGCUGUCAGGGCCAAGAACAUGGCCAGGCGGGGGCAUUCAGCCCAGAUCGCCAAACCCAUCCGGCCCGGACAGCAGCCAGUGGCAUCACCCACCCACCCCAACGUCAACCGCCCCGGGGGAGGCUUCUACCAGAACAGCCAGACCGUGUCCAUCAGGGGAGGAAGCGGCGGCAAGCAGGACAAGAACUGAAGAGUGGCGGGACAGAAGGACGACACCACAGAAGAAGCCGAUAUCAGCGUGCCCCCCCCCCAACAACCUGUCAUUCCAUUACAGCCAAUGAGUUCCUCGUUGUUGCUUCAGAGCAGCAAAGGAGUGUCUGAAUUAUAUAUAUAUAUAUAUAUAUAUAUAUAUAUCCCACACACACACACACAGACAGCAGCAUUUUAUUAAUCUCCUUCUGCAGCCCACCACAUGCAGUGUGGAGCGUGACCCCGCACACGACUCCAAUGUGUCAGUUUUUUGGGUGGGGGGGUUUGCACGGUGUCAUCAGCCGCCGUUGUCGUGCACGUCUUUCUGCACUGUGUCCAGCUGAAUGUAACCGUCGCAAGAUCUGAAAAAAGCAAAGCCAACAACAAAAUAAAGACCCUCCUGCUCGAAACCUCUCACCCCGUAGGCUAACCUGUACACGUUCCUGUUAUCGGCUCUUAACUUCGCGUUUGAGACGGCUCGAUGGCAUCGAGCACUACUGUUGUGUCGCUCUUGUUGUACAGAUGUAAAAUUGGCACUACUGCACACGUGUCCCAGCGGAGGACUGUCCGCUGACUGGGGAACGGAUUGAAGGAAGGAUUAGAACAUAAAAUGUGCAGCGGAGUACUGUAGAUGUAUUUAACAAAAUCCCUGUGGAGGCCGAGUGUCUUUAUCUUUAAAUUAAAUCACGCCUAUACUCCUUAUUCAUGACUUUAGAAGAAGGAUGUGAAGAAUGUGGGGCCGAAGGUCUGGUUAGCUUCCUCCAUUAGCAUAGACGAGGCUAAGUCGCUACUUGUAGUUUUUGUUUGACUGCCCCUAGUGGCUAAUUAUGCUCUGUUAUUGGACGCUAUUUAUAUCCUUGCACAUAAACUGAUAUUACCCACAAUGCUUGUCCUGUCCCUGUCCGGGCUGUCAGUCAUCCUGAACGUUUCCUCUUCGCUCAGAUAUUUGGUGCACAGUGGGAACCGUUUUGUGGGCUCCACCCACCAGGAAUUGUUUGGUCCCUGCUGUCAUUCACGCAGGACGCCGCAUGUCCUCAGAUAGAUCUGGCACCUGUUGCCAUAUUUGCCAUCGCUGGUUGUAAAUUUUCACAAAUGUGUUGUUUUUUUUGGGUUUGUCUACUGUUUAUGUUUGGUUGCUUUGUUGAAUUUUUUGCUGCUGUUGUUUUGUUUAUUUGUUUUUGGUGGGGGUGGGGGGUUGUCAGGCUCUGCCACUGAUCAGCCAAUCAGGAGAGCAGGUUCUGAAAUCGAUCUGCUGAGUUAUUUAAGUAAACGUAAUCCAGGUUGGUUGUUGUUUGUUUGUGUUUUUGUAUUCAGCCCGUGAAGCCCGAGUGUGUUAGAUGUCAAACACUGUCGAAGUUUGUGAUCACGCUGUGUGAAAAAACAAGACCGGAUCAGAGUUUAACUCACCGAACAGCAAAACAAACAAUGUUCAAAAAGACGUCUGUCAAACGUUUAACAAAAAUACAGCAAAUUCUAAUGCUGUGGACAUUUUUGAUUAAUAAACCACUUGAGUGAUGAAUUUAUAAAGUAAUUGAUAGUUUGUCCAAGUAAGAGGGUGUUUGUCCCCAAACAGGACAGAUGUUUAUAGGUGACAUGAGGUCGUAAAUAUUCAUAGACUGAUCAGAAAACAAUAUUCUAAUGUUGAUGUGCAUGAACUCAGGACGUCGGCUUCAAAAUGGUUCAUCCCCAAAGAUUAACGCGUUCGUCCCCAAACGUAAGAGCGUUCGUCUCAUCCCCAAACAUUAACACAUUCAUCCUGUUGUUUUUUAGGGGUGGGGGAAAUUGAAGUCUGCACACAUUCAGCAUCAUAACUGAGCAUUUUCAGAUGGCGGUUUACAGCCUGAAGAGGAACAUGGGAGGAGUCGGGCUUCCUGCAGUUAACAGACGGACUAAAUGGCGUCUUUAUGGGGAAUGUUGGACAUUUUAAGCACUUCUUCACGAUAUCUGCACUCAGAAAACACUCCACGUGUGGCUGCUUUGUAAAGACGUCUCCAAAGCCUGUAAACUGUUAGCGGCGAGUCAUCGUGCUGUUGAUUGAGCUGUGUGACGGUUUAUUUUCCGUGUGUCUGAUGAGACAAAGUUUGGUUUAUUUCCUCUGUGUUGUCUCCUUGAUCAGUCAGGACGUAGCAGCAUGGAUCUCAAAAUGUUUGACUUUCAGCCCAAACUGGAAAUGAAAUGUGGGAUUAAAAAAUAUCAAUGAAAUUUAAAACUCUGAAGUGUAGGAGGAUUUUUUUUCUCUUUUUUUUAUUAUUAUUAUUAUGUAAUAGUUUUUAGAGGAGACUUUUGGGUAUCCAUCAGUGGACAAAGGUACUGGAUCAUUCCUGGAAAACGGGCAGGAACAGCAGGGCUCUGAUAAUGGACGGAGAUGGGAAGUUGAUCAGAUCAGUUUUGGAUUGUCUGCAUGAUGUAAAUGUAUGUGUGAUUAAAUAAUUAUGAGAAA